CAAAAUUUUGUGAGAAGUCAAAAUAGAGGCAAUAGCAGCAAUAGGAGUUGUGUAGGGUUUUAGAAGAGAGAUACAGUUGUUGUCUCUGUGGGUUGUGGAGGCCGGAGGGGAGAAGAGAAGAGUUGUUUAGAAAGAGAGACAAUCAGUAAUGGAUUCGUUUUCAUCCCCAUCAAGUGGAUCUUCUGCAACCCAAUUCAACCCUGACGCUUUCAAGGACCAGCUUAAGAACCAACUUGCUCAGGCUUAUGCCGAGGAGUUCUUGGAGACCCUGAGGUCAAAGUGCUUCGACAAGUGCAUCACGAAACCAGGAUCCAGCCUAGGUGGGAGUGAGAGUAGCUGCAUCUCUAGAUGUAUGGAUCGCUAUAUUGAGGCCACUGGCAUCAUCAGUAAAGCUCUCUUUAGUGCAUCCCCACAAUGAAAUUUUGGGGAUUAAAUUGUUUUCUUUGAAGAAAGUUGAAGUUGCAAAAGUUAAAAGAAACUACAAAUGCAAGUAGAGAUUGUGUUUUGUAUUCUAUCUCGAAGAUAAUACUUUCAUUGGAACAGAUGUUUAAUUCAUUAUGCUUGCUAAUUUUUGUACUUGAAGUUUAGCCAUGGAGAUUGGAGACUCUUCCUCUGUGCCACUUCUCCUACUGCAUAUUGAUUUAGAUACUCUACCCUGUUAUAGUAGAGAGCAGCGUAUACAAUGCUUUAGAAAUAUAGCAGUGGAUUUUGUGGCAAAA